CCAUCUGUAUUUAAUGGGCCAGAAAUAACAAUGCCAAAAGAUCUCAUUCAUUAUGGCGAUUGGGAACAUCGUAACUUGCACAAUCUUUAUGGACUCGCCUAUCAUAGUGCAACUGCUAAAGGACUUAUAAAUCGCAGCAACCCACCGCAUCGACCUUUUGUAUUAUCUCGUGCAUUUUUUGUUGGUUCUCAACGUUAUGGUGCUAUUUGGACCGGCGACAAUUAUGCGAAAUGGGAACAUUUAGCUAUAUCAACUCCUAUGUUAUUGACUAUCGGUAUUUCCGGAUUACCAUUUUCUGGAGCUGACGUCGGCGGAUUCUUUGGAAAUCCUGAACCUGAACUCUUGAUUCGUUGGUACCAAGCAGGGGCUUUUCAACCUUUCUUUCGUGCACAUUCCCAUAUAGAUACAAAAAGACGUGAACCAUGGCUAUUUGGUGAUCCAUAUACAGGUUAUAUUCGUGAUAUAAUACGAGAAAGAUAUGCUUUGUUGCCUUUAUGGUAUACACUAUUCCAUGAAGCUAUCUAUCCUGAAGAAGAAGAAACUUAUGCAAUGGAUGAUCAAUUCUUUGUCGGUAACUCCUUACUUGUUAAACCUAUUGUAAGCGAAGGCCAAACAUCUACUGAAGUUUAUUUUCCAGGAAAUGAUAUAUAUUAUGACUAUUUUACUCUUAAAAAAAUUCAUGGAUCUGGUAAAGUACAAAUUGAAGCCCCAAUAAAUAAAAUUCCUGUCUUUUUACGUGGUGGAUCCAUUGUUCCAAAACGCCAAAGAAUUAGACGGUCUUCAGCUGCCAUGCGUACGGAUCCUUUUACUUUAUUAAUAGCAUUGGACAAAAAUGGUGAAGCAACUGGUUCUCUGUAUUUAGAUGAUGGUGAAACUUAUGAUUACGAAAAAGGACAAUUUGUUCACCUUCAAUUUACAUUCUCAGGCAGAAAACUUAUUUCCAAAUCAUUAUCAUUACUUAAAAAUGAUAAAAAUUUAUAUGCUCAAUCAAUUAAUUCUGUUCGUGUUGAACGAAUCAUAGUAUUAGGGCUUGAUUUAAAACCUAAAAGUGUUUUCGCAAAUUGCAUUGAUGGCACGAAAAUUUCUAAACGUGAAUUACAAUUUGGCUUUGUUGCUACAACUUCAGCUGAUGUAGUUAUUAUUAAAGGCACAGAUUUGUUGAUCACAGAGGAAUGGAGUAUAGAGUUUUAA